AUGGGGUCUGUUUCCAACCAGCAGUUUGCAGGUGCGAAGCCGGGCGAGGAGCCGGCCGGAGACUCGCCCAAGGCUGAGAACGAGUCCCAGCCGCUGCACGGCUCCGGCAUCUGUAAGUGGUUCAAUGUCCGCAUGGGCUUCGGCUUCCUCUCCAUGACCGCCAAGGGCGGCGCGACCCUGGACUCGCCCGUCGAUGUCUUCGUGCACCAGAGCAAACUCCACAUGGAGGGUUUCCGCAGCCUGAAGGAGGGCGAAGCUGUCGAGUUCACCUUCAAGAAAUCAUCCAAAGGUUUGGAGUCGAUCCGGGUGACCGGCCCGGGGGGUGUCUUCUGCAUCGGCAGCGAAAGGAGACCCAAGGGCAAGAGCCUCCAGAAACGCAGAUCGAAAGGAGACCGAUGCUACAACUGCGGCGGGCUGGACCACCAUGCCAAAGAGUGCAAGCUCCCGCCGCAGCCCAAGAAAUGCCACUUCUGCCAGAGCAUCAGCCACAUGGUCGCCAACUGCCCCGCGAAAGCACAGCAGUCCCCCAGCUCCCAGGGAAAGCCUGCCUACUUCCGAGAGGAGGAGGACAUGCACAGCUCGGCCCUCCUCCCCGAAACCCGGGAAUGA